AUGAACGGCGCCAAAAAAUCUGUGGGGCAAGAACUCUUAGUAGAUACUAUCUGCAGUGGAGCUCUUAUAUCUCAACGUCACGUGCUAUCAGCAGCUCACUGUUUCACAUCUAAUUUCAGCGGUCCUAAGGAGAAGUGCAAUGGAUACAAGUCGGUUACGACCCUACCUACUCCAAAGAAUCAUUCAAGAUUUGGUUCGGAACGGAAUGCGCCAAGCACAACGCACUCAUGCCCCGAACCUAACAUAAGAUCAAUCAGCUACGGUCAGAAGUUUUUCGUUUGGUCCAAGAACAUUUAUCUAAGGCAAGAUGGAUGCAAAGAUUUACACGACGUGGCAAUAGCUGAGUUGGAUAAACCCGUACCCGAGUCAUUGGCAACACCGAUUUGCACCCCGGACAAAUCAACGAAGAUCCCCAAAAAACUCAAAUUUGUCGGCAAUGGAGUGAUUUCUCCUAACGAACAAAUAUUCGGUGGCCGCCAAGAAGUAGACCUGGACCUCGACUCACUUCAACCGGAAAUAUUUGUAAUCCAAACUAAAGCUAAAAAAGGGCGGCGUAAGUGCCGGAGACAGACGGAGGUGUAUUAUUUAUAA